AAACAAUGCCCCAACGCAACACAAAAAAAACAAGCACAGCUUGGAGCACUUAAACAAUAAAACAAAGGGAAAUAAUGAAGUGAGACAGAGCGAGACCAGAAAAACCCCCAAGCCACCACCACCACCACCAAGACCGAAAAAUAAAAAACAAUGGAGAACGGUCACGAUUGGAAAGUCGCGGAGAAAUUCUCAGGGUUGACGGUUUCCGCCGCCGACCCAAUUCCUUCUUCUACCCCCACCGCCACCCCAAACAAUCAAGACAGCAGCUUGAUUCAGGUUAUGAACGCCAUGGAAGCUGCGGAGGCCACAAUCAAGCAGCAGGUGGAAGAGAACAUCCGAUUGAGGAAUCAGCUCGAACACAAGAUUCUCGAGUUGCACAGGUACAAGCUCCAAGAAUCCAUGGCUGCCCAGUUGCCGCCUUCUGCCCGCGGAUCUCAGGACCAAGCUCAUCAGGUAGUUGACCCCGGCGUCGAUAAUCGAAUCGAGAGGAUUGCGAAUCACGGUUCUGCACAGCAUAGUCGCGGGGAAUCGGAAACAAGAGAGACCCAAUUAGGCGGCGGCGAAAUCAAUGGAGGGAUGAAGGUGGUUCGGGUUUCGGGUACUCCGCGGGCGGCUGAUAACGCGAACAGCGGGAUAUCGAGAUUGUCGUCGCCGUCCACCACGACGUCGUUGUCGCCAGGUAGGUCGAGCACGGAGGGGGAUUACGGAAAUGGGUUGAUGCCAUUGACCGAAUCGAACAACCCUAAUAGCAGCAUGUGGAAGAAGGAUCUGGUUGCUAGGGUUCAUGAGCACGAGCAAGAAAUUAUGCAAUUGCGAAAGCAUUUGGGGGAUUAUUCGAUCAAAGAGGCGGAAAUUCGGAACGAAAAGUAUGUGCUGGAGAAGCGCAUUGCUUACAUGCGCUUGGCGUUUGAUCAGCAGCAGCAGGACCUUGUGGAUGCUGCAUCAAAGUCUCUAUCUUACAGGCAAGACAUAAUUGAGGAGAACAUUCGGCUCGCUUACGCUGUGCAGGAUGCGCAGCAGGAGAGAUCGACGUUUGUUUCGUCUUUGCUGCCGAUUCUGGCUGAGUACUCGUUGCAGCCACCCGUCCCCGAUGCGCAAUCAAUUGUUGGUAAUGUGAAGGUUUUGUUUAGGCAUUUGCAGGAGAAGUUGCUUCUUACUGAGUCCAAAUUGAAGGAGUUGCAGUAUCAGUUAACGCCUUGGCGAUCAGAUUCGAAUCAGCAGCCUAAUAAUGUUAAUGUUUCUGCGCCGCAGUUAUCACCACCGCCACCACCUCAGUCCGUUGCUGGAGCAGCAUUGCUGAAUGUAAGCAGAAAUGCUCUUGAAAUGGUUGCUCAGAAUCAGCAAGCAUAUUCUUACAUUGGUGGAAGCAGGGCGCCUGCUACCUCUGAUGCUCAGACAACCCCGGAAUGGAAUCCUCAUCAGCAGAGUGGUUUUGGUGGGGGUGUCGCCAACAAUGUGGAACACAAUGACCUGGCCGUGGGGCAUAGGUAUUCCCCUGUUCCAAACCGGACUAUUGCUGCCCAAGAUGUUCCCAUUAAUCAUGCUGUUGUUCCAGGUGAUACGCAAGGAAAUCGGCAUAAUGAAGUAACAAGCAAUAGACAGGUGACGUUUCGUGAUCCUAUCAGGAACACACACAGGGAGAUGGAUGAUCAAGAUGCAGAGGGAAACCACAAUGAGAGAGAUUCAUCCAAUUGGAGUGCAGGAACAUCUCCUUAUGCAUCGCCACACAACGAAUCCAGCUCCGCGUAUCCCCAUUUCCUACCGCCAGUUAUGGAAGAGGGUUCUUCAACGUAUUCAGAGGCUGCAGAUGAUGACCCGUUACCAGCUAUAGAGGGCCUUCAAAUAUCGGGUGAAGCUUUUCCAGGACACGAGCUUCAAGCAUGCGGAUACUCCAUCAACGGAACAACCAGCUGCAACUUUGAGUGGGUAAGACAUCUCCAAGACGGAUCGGUUAACUACAUUGACGGAGCAAAGCAACCGAACUACCUUGUAACUGCUGAUGAUGUGGAUUCAUACCUUGCUAUUGAAGUUCAGCCUCUGGACAACAGGAAGCGAAAGGGGGAUCUCGUAAAGGUGUACGCCAACGACCACAAGAAGAUAACUUGCGACCCCGAAGUGCAAUCUCAGAUAGAGAAGAUUCUUCACAAGGGCCAUGCCUCAUUCAAGAUAUCCCAGUUCGCCGGGUACAUCGACAUAUGGGAGCCUGCAACACUGGCCAUAAAGAGGGGAGCUUACAGCAUAAAGGGCAGUGGAGGACCAAGUGGAAGCGGAGUUGUAGUUGCAGAGAAGUUUUCUCCGAACACAUUUGUCACAAUCCCAUAUGGAAGUACAAACGAAUUCGUAAUCCAUAGCGGCUCCGAUAACGGAGGUGAGUAUGCGUUGAAAACGGACAAUGAGAGCUGUUCUAGAGAUACAGUUGUGCUUACAUUGAGAUUGUUUAUUCAUAGGGCUGAUGAGAGAAAGACUACAAAGAAAGGGAAAAUAGGGACUUACUUUUUCAACAAGUAUUUGUAGUAGGUGUUUCUUUAGGCUCAGAAUUCGGCACGAGUGUGUGUUGUUAUUUGUUUUUAGGCUAGUUUGGGUGUCCAUUACAUAAUUUUUGGGAUGUUGGGUGUGCAGUUGAAAUCUGAAUUUUUCUCGGUAGCUUUUUGAUCAAUUUUUUUGUGUGAUAAUUUAUGCACCAAGAAGCCAAACAGAUGAACUAAGAAACCAGUCGAUAGUAAGCAGACAUGUUAUGCCUACUUACUACGUUUCGACCA